AUGGACGGAUUCGUGUCGAAUCAGAGAACACUCGCCGUUGAUAGAUGGAUGGAUAUCGUAAACGGUAAAGGUUACGGCGUUAAUGGAUCAAAUCAAAUCCAAUCCACCCGACCCGGUUCACUGGAUUUAACACCYUCAAUUCCGCCUCCGCCGGGGCAAUCAUCCACGACGGUUGCACCGUGGAGAUUUAUCGACCCGGAAACGAAGAGGAAGAAGAGAAUCGCUACGUACAAAGCUUACGCUAUGGAAGGGAAAGUUAAAUCAACGGUUAAAAAAGGGUUUCGUUGGAUCAAGAAGAUGAUACACGGAUAA